UAAGUCUUUUGAAUCCUUCCAAAAGCUUUGUACUUACCAAUUUCACCUUAGCAAAAUGAGUCCCUUAGCAUUUUUCUUCCUCUUCUUAAUCAACUCAUCAUUAGCAGCAAAUACCAAUAUUUACAAUGUCCAAAAUUAUGGAGCAAAAUCCGAUGGAAAAACUGAUUCAUCCAAAGCCUUUUUGAAUGCAUGGGCAGCAGCCUGUGCUUCUACUAGCCCCGCCACUAUUAAUGUGCCAAGUGGAAAAUACUUGAUUCACAAUGCAUAUUUCAAUGGACAAACAUGCAAGAGCAAGGCUAUUACUAUACACAUUGAUGGGACUCUCUUAGCUCCAUCUGAUUAUAAUGUCAUUGGCAAUGACGAAAAUUGGAUAAAAUUUGAAAAAGUCAAUGGCAUUUCCAUCUAUGGUGGAACCUUUGAUGGUCAAGGUGCUGCUCUUUGGGCUUGCAAGAAAUCCAAAAACAAGAAAUGCCCUGAUGGGACUACGGCAUUGACUUUUUACAACUCAAACAACAUUAUAAUGAGUGGAGUAACCGUACAAAAUAGUCAAAAGUUUCAAAUAUUAGUAGACGGAUGCCAUAAUGUGAAGCUACAAGGAAUGAAGGUAUUAGCUCAAGGAAAUAGCAAAAACACUGAUGGAAUUCAUGUAAAAUUAUCAUCAGGAGUUAGUAUUGUGAACUCACAAAUUGGUACUGGAGAUGAUUGUGUAUCUAUUGGUCCUGGAACUUCUAACUUAUGGAUUGAAGGCAUUGCAUGUGGCCCUGGCCAUGGAAUAAGCAUUGGAAGCUUAGGCUGGAAAGAGCAAGAGUUGGGAGUCCAAAAUGUGACAAUUAAGACUGUGACUUUUACUGGAACAACAAAUGGUGUGAGAGUCAAAACUUGGGCAAGGCCUAGCAAUGGAUUUGUUAGAAAUAUUCUCUUUCAACAUAUUGUUAUGGUUAAUGUUCAAAACCCAAUUAUCAUAGAUCAAAAUUACUGCCCUAAUCAUGAUGAGAGUUGUCCUCAGCAGAGCUCGGGCAUAAAGAUAAGUGAUGUAACAUAUCAAGAUAUACAUGGAACAUCGGCUACGAAAGUUGCAGUGAAACUUGAUUGUAGCACAACUAAUCCAUGUAGCGGCAUAGUACUUGAAGAUCUGAAUCUUAGUUACCAAAAUCAGCAGACUGAAGCUUCAUGCGUUAAUGCCAGAGGAAGAGUUUCUGGUUUACAAAAACCUACCAAUUGCCUAUUGAAAAAUUAG